UUUACGUGUGCGCAUGCUCACACCGGCAACCGUAACUUCCGCUGUGCCUACGUGCAACGGCCAUAUUUUACACUUCCGCUCUUCAAGGGUAUCUGAAGGCACUGGGCUAGUAAACAUGUUCAGGUUCGCUAAAGCUGCAGUCAACCUCACCGGUCAGGCCGGGAGGCAGAUCAGGCACGGAUCUUCUGCCCAUCCUAACUUCCACACCAAGUAUGGCAAUGGUCUGUUGGCCAGUGGAGCUGUCUUCUGCGUGACUGUGUGGUCAUACGUGCUGACUCAGACUGGCAUCACCUGGAAUUUGUCACCUGUUGGGAAGCUCAUGCCCAAAGAGUGGAGAGAGCCUGAGUCUGAGGAGUGAAAAGCCACCAUGACAGAACUGCAUCCCAGCUAAUAAACCUUCUGGUUGUACAGAUGAAUAAUGAAUAUCUGCGUGUUCAGACAGCGAAUACCUGUGUUUAUUCCAACAUGUUACCUUGUUCAAAUAAAUUAAAUGUGAUUCUACUGA